AUGGUACAGACAAGGCGGUCACUGGCACCUUCUCAAGGCGUUGAGAAGUCUUUACCUCGGAAGACCAGACGAUCUACAGUUUUGGCAUCAAGAGCGAGUACUUCUACAUCCACACCACCUGAUCGGAAACGAGAUCGUUCCAAAGGUUCUUCACCUGAGACGAGAACACCUACCAUCCGGUCUAAGGUUCAAAGAAAUGGCGAAAGUUUGAUAGAAAAAAGGAAGACCGCACGAAAUUCUACAAUUCAUGAAAAUAGAGUGAAUGCUUUGUGCGGGCGAGAGAAGGAGUUCGAUAGCAUUUGUGGUUGGAUUAAGAAAGCCAUGGCCACUUCGUGCCCGCUUUCAGUUUACAUCAGUGGCUCGCCUGGAACCGGGAAAACGGCGACGUUAAGACGUGUGAGCGAAUAUUUUGGUUCUCAGGCUAUAUUCACUAUUUUGAAUUGUGCAUCUGUCACCUCCCAGACCAAGCUCAUUGAAGGCAUUCUAGACACCUUGAAGGAAGGAUUGCGAAAACAUUUUGUGCUUAUUUUGGAUGAAGUAGACCAUUUAACGUCGAAAACAAAUUCCUUCCUAUAUGCUGCCUUUCAAUGGCCUCAGACAAUAACCAACAAAUUGAUAGUCAUAGGUGUUGCGAAUUCAAUUGACCUGACGGAACGGUUGCUGCCUAAGUUAAGGCUGGGACAGCCUCCUGAAACACUGGUGUUCGCUCCCUACACUAAAGAAGACAUAGCACAAAUCCUGAAAAGCAGCAUGGCGGAGGAAUCGGAAGGUGCUAUGGAUACCGCAGCAGUAGAGCUGUGUUCACGAAAGGUAGCAGCUAUGACAGGGGAUUUACGAACCGCUCUUCACGUUAUGAAGCAGACUCGAAAUGCGCAUGAACCAUCGACGCCCCGGGGUUGCCGUGAAGUGUUGGGUGUGUUGAACGGCGUUUAUUCAUCACCACUUGCUAGGGCACGUCUCCCACUCCAACCACGCCUUCUACUUGCUGUUGCCGUUGCCCUUUCGUCAAACAAAAAGAAUGCGCUCAAUGUCAUUUCUCUAACAAAUGCUUACCAUCGAGCAUGUGAAGUCGUCAAGGUACCCCGACUAGAAGGAGAGGAUCUGGAUGCAGCUCUACAAAUUCUCGAAAGUCAAUCUUUUCUCGCUCCAGGUCCGGGCGGAAAAUUAUUACUACAGGUUAACGCAGCAACUGCGAAGUUGGCUAUUGCUGAUAACAUAAUGAUUGCUCAAGUUACGGGACUGAAUCUGUGA